CGCUCCAAGAAUCACUUUGUCCCUCCUUUCCUCGCUAAUUAUCCCCCAUAGUUUUAAGUUUAAUCCGAAGCUUUUGUGUGUGUAUACAUAUAUAGAUAUAGAGAGAUGAGUGUGAUCGAUUUGAUAACUAGAGUGGACGCAAUAUGCAAGAAAUACGACAAGUACGACAUCGAUAAACACAACGACCUCAACAUCUCCGGCGACGAUGCUUUUUCCCGUCUUUUUGCCGCCGUCGAGGCCGACCUCAAUCAAGCCCUCCAGAGAUCAGACGCUGUGGCAACAGAGAAAAACAGGGCAACAGUUGUCGCCAUUAAUGCUGAGAUACGGAGAACCAAGGCUCGCUUGCUUGAGGAACUUCCCAAAUUGCAAAGAUUAGCGCUUAAAAAGGUCAAAGGACUUUCUAGAGAGGAUCUUGAGGCUCGAAGUGAUCUGGUUGCUUCACUAAAAGAGAGGAUUGAAGCGAUACCUGAUGGGUCUACAAAUGGAGCAAAACAAAAUGGUGGUUGGUCAGCUUCAUCCUCACAUACAGGAAUCAAAAUAGACUUCCCUUCAGAUGGAAAAUUUAAUAAGGAGUACUUUCAGAAUACUGAAGAGUCGACCAAUUUUAGGCAGGACUAUGAAAUGCGAAAAAUGAAACAGGAUCAAGAUUUGGAUGUAAUAGUAGAAGGAUUGGAUACAUUGAAGAACAUGGCCAAUGACAUGAAUGAGGAAUUCGAUCGGCAAGUUCCAUUGAUGGAUGAAAUAGAUGACAAGGUUGACAGGGCAACCUCUGACCUCAAGAACACUAAUGUGAGACUCAAGGAUACGGUGACCCGGCUCAGGUCCAGUCGCAACUUUUGCAUCGACAUCAUCCUCUUAUGUCUAAUUUUAGGAAUCGCUGCGUAUUUAUACAAUGUGUUAAAGUGAACCAAGAAUUCCGACAAUUGCGUGGUCGACGGCAUUUCUAUGCUUACAAGGAUUCUGUGUGCAUUCGUAUAUUCUCUCUCUCUUUUUUUUUUUUUUUUUUUU